UCACUGCAGAACUGUGCAUAUUAUUCACAGUGAUUCUAUUAUGUGUGAUGUGAAUCAGAAAAUACAUCAUAUAGCUUUCCUUUAUCAAUCGACAAUUCAUUUUUGUGUUCCGACGCUACAAGCGUCGUGUGGAUGUUUUGAACAUCUUUGAAUUCAAAAAUAUGUCAACUUAAUAUCAUAACACUUGUUUUGAAAAUGGCAGCGCUGACAGCGUGGUCGCCGGAUAAGAAACAUAGUGACAGAGAAAGGUGGAUAUGUAUAUACCCAGCAUAUAUAAAUAGCAAGAAGACCAGAGCUGAAGGGAGAAGAAUUCCAAGGGAGAAGGCUGUUGAAAAUCCAACCCAUCAAGAAAUCCGAGAUGUACUUUCUUCAGCGGGCUUAAAAAUUGGAGUGGAGAAUAAAUACUACUGUCGAGAACGAAGCAAAGAGAUGCUGUACAGAGGCCGAAUUAGAGUGCAGCUUAAAAAUGAUGAUGGAACACCAUUUAAUCCAGACUUACCAACAAGAGACUCUAUCAUGCUUUACUUGGGGCAGAUGAUUCCAAAAUUGAAAUCACGCUCUGGGAAACAGUCUGCUGCUGAUACAAAUCAGGCACAGUCUUCUGGUGGUGCAAAAAAGAAGUCAAAGGGAAGAAGAUAAUGUUUCACAUCCUGUAUGUUUUCUACAGCUGUAUAAAUUAAUAUUAUGGCUACACAAAUAAAAAUUAAUAUAUUAUA